UCUUCCCUCGACAACAACCCGCCCAAUGCCUCCCGCCACCUCACCCCUGGUGGAUCUGACUGGCUAUGGGCUGUCACCGCCAUCAUGGGCCUAUGUGACCUCGCAAUGCUUGGCUGGACAUUUACCAGGGCUCGGGGAACACGACUCUUCCACCAAAUUGGCAUCAUCGUCCUGACCACUGCGACGAUUGCCUACUUCGCCAUGGCAUCCGAUUUGGGUGCUGCCCCUGUGACGGAGGAAUUUCUCCGCGGCGGUACUAAUACUUUACAAUCCAGUAUGUCCGGUACAUCCAAUGGUUCAUCACGCUCCCGCUUCUACUUCUUGACUGCUGCUUGCCACCGGCCUCACGCUCUCCGACAUCUUCACCACCGUCUUCAUGGGCUGGGUGUUGGUCAUCUGCGGGCUCGUCGGCGCCCUCGUCCCCACGAGCUACAAGUGGGGCUUCUACGUCUUCGGCCUCCUCGCCCUGUUCUACAUCUGGCACGUCCUCCUCGGCUACAGCCGGCGCUCGACCUUCGCAGCGGCGGCGCGGUGCGCAGCGGGUACAUCCGCACCGCCGCGUACUUCUCGCUCCUGCUCAUGCUCUACCCGAUCUGCUGGGCGUGCGCCGAGGGCGGGAACGUCAUCUCCGUCACGGGCGAGAUGAUCUGGUACGGCAUCCUCGACCUCCUCGCCGGCCCCGUCUUCCUGUUCUUCUUCCUCUUCGGCCUCCGCUCCGUCGACAUGGCCGCGUUCGGGCUGUGGUCGGGCAAGUACACUGAUACGGGGUAUGGCCCGGGUGGAGGUGCGGGCGGCCCAGGCAUGGCGGCUGCCCCUGGAGCGAAUGGCGUGACGGCGGGCACUGGUGCGGGUGUGGGCCCUGGUGCGGGUGCGGGACCUGCGACUGCGAACGGCGUGGCGGCAGCAUCAGGCGGCGCAGCGGCGGCGAACCGGGUCUAAGGGCGUCGUUGCUUUAAAGCUCUCGUCGUGAGCGCACGCGCUUGCGUGCAGCGCCCAUGGGCCUCUUCUCGGCAUACCACGAAAUACGAACGAUCGCGCGCGUGUACGGUGCUUCGCGGGACUGUAUGCACGAAAAACCGUCCUCGCGUGUGAUAUGUUGUUUCGAGUCUAAGAUUCGCCACUGGCCCCGCAUUGAUGAUAAUACUGUACGAUCGCCGUUUGAUUCAAUUAAUGACCAUCAUGUAAUGCAUCUCGGUGCAUGUAUAUUAGUGCAACUACUGUUUGUAUCCAGCAUUUGAAUUAGCAUGCACUACUUCAUAAACAAGCCUCACACUUCGUGACGGUGUCAGUCAAGUGUCAGUACUGCGGGGGAUUCUCGGGGAACUCGUCUGUGUCUUU